GUCAAACGGAUCCCUCUUUUUCCCGUCUCACGUUAGGAAUAACACAGAUGGCACAAUGAAGAUGGAAGGGAUAUUUGUCGAACGCUGACAUAUUUACUAUAUAUGAAAAUGAAAAACAAAGGGACAGUUCAACACCAUAAAACACAAUUACCCGAUUACCAGCAGAGACCACAACAAAAAAUUUACGCAUUGCACUGUCACUCAGGCGGCUAAAUUUCCCUAAUUUUUCUGAGAUGGGGAGCCUUUGGAAGGGUUCACAAUCAAUGCAGAAGGAGAUCUAAUCAGGAUGUCAGUCCAAACCAAGGUACAUUAUUUUUUCCGAGAACCCAUCUUUUAGAUUUACCGUCUACAAAUACCUAGAAGAUUUCUAUAACCAGGACUAGGUACUAUUACGGGCACAUUUUCUAGAAAACCAUUGACAGCGCAUAGUAGCGCAUAGUAGAGGCAUCAUUGGUGAUUUGGUAUAGUUUCCACGAUUGAGAUCUGUCAAAAAUCCAAACUUGGUUCAGGAAAGACAUUGUAGAUGUAACAAAAAGGCCAACUGGGUUCAGGAAGGAUAUUAUAGAUCUAACAUAAAGCCCAGCUGGGUUCAACAUGGACAUUUUGAUAAAGAAUGCCCAUAAGUGAAGGACUGCCAAAAUUGUUGCAGGGAAAGCAGGAAAGAGGUGCUAGCGAUGGUGCACUCUGAUGAAACUAUUGAAUUAAUAGAUGUUUCUUUACAUAGAUCAAGCUCUUCAAGAGAUACAAGGGAGGAAAUAUGGGUGCAAAACCCCAUUGGAGACAAUGCAACGGAGAGGGAGGAGAAUGUGCUCUGCAGAUUGCCCAGUAACUUGAACAUUGCGAUGGAGCAAUUCAACUCUCUAACAGCCUUGGAGAUCUUGAGGGAAACUGUAAGAAUUCUUCGGUUCAAUUCUACUGCCUUUUUGACAGUUGCAGCAGUAUUUAUCUGCCCGGUAUCUGCAAUCUUUCUUUCCAAUUUUUUUGUCAAUCAGUCUAAGGUGGAAAAGUUAUCUCUUUGGUUUCAAUUAGUAGCCGAAUCCAUUGGGUUCCCUAAAGGUCAUUUUGCUAGAUCAGGUUUCCAUAAACUAUCUGAGAGUGUUCUGUCAUUCGUAUUUUGUUUCCCUUUUUAUAUUACCCUCUUACUAUUCUCCAAGGCUAUAGUAGUUUAUUCUGUAGCUUUAACCUAUGCAAGCAAAAAGCUUUUAAUAGAAAAAUUUCUUACCAUGAUAAGGAAGAUCUGGAAACAUCUUGUUUUAACAUAUCUGUGGAACUGUAUUACCAUUCUUGGGUGCAUAGUUAUUUUUCUCCUGCUGGUCCUGGUUUCAAUAAAUGCAAUAAUUUUCCUGGGGGUUCCUCCCACUUGGGCAAUAUAUGUUGUACUCGGAGAAGGGGUAAUUUUCUCUUUGUUGUUUGCACAUGCUAUGAUUAUCUGCAAUUUGGCGAUAGUGGUUUCAAUCUUGGAAGACUACUAUGGCAUGGGAGCAUUUUUUAGAUCAAUGUUUUUGAUCAAAGAAAGAACCCAAGUGGGCCUAUUGAUAUUCUUAGGGACAUGUAUUGGGACAGCUUUUGUGGAGGGCCUUUUUGACCACAGAGUGAAGACGGUUAGCUACGGUGAUGGAUCUUCUAGGAUUUGGGAGGGUCCUCUAUUAGUCAUAAUGCAUUCAUUUGUGAUCCUAAUUGAUGCCAUGAUGAGCUGCAUCUUCUAUUUCACAUGCAAAUGGUCUACUUCAGAAAGCUUUGACAGUGCUUCUGUCCUGGAACUUAAUACCAGUUUUUCUGAACAGAGAGAGCAAAAUAAUGAAAAUGGCAGUUCCUCAUAAAAGUCACUGUUUGGAAGCUAGUUGGUCAACUAGUCUACUGGGAGAGGACCAAACCUCCGGAAUCCUAUGCCUGCUUGAAAAUAUAGGACGCUACUUUUGAUGCAGGGGAGUUUUGGUAUUGUUUCCUCCAUGGAACGACUCAGGUGCAGCUCUAGGGAUUUUAUAUCAGGUGCUCAUAUUCCUUUAAUGUAAAUUUCGUUCGGUAGCUAUAUCCAUUGCUCCAUUGAUGUAAAACAAGAUUAGGGAAUUUGUUGUGUCUAGUGCAGUUCAUAUGCUCUGUUUAGUAGCCAACAUUCCAAUAUCCUUCUUUACACUAUUUGUGGGCAUACACAGCUACAUUGUUACUAAAACACACAUGUCCCAGUCAAAAAAUGAGCGAGUGCCCUCAUUAAUUCUUGACCACAUUAUUCUCACUGUUGAGAGUGGGAGCUAUUCGUUGCAACAUAUAUUUUAUAGACACGCUUGUUUUCUUUUUUUAAAUUCUGAAAUGCAAAUGGCCAUACCACUAUUUGAGUUU